AUGUCCUGCAGUAAUAAUAACGCUGUUCCAAAACCAUCUUGCAGCCAUGAUGAAGAGGACAUUGAAUCACGAACGAACACAACCGCUCAAUCAUCGUCUGGGUCCAUUAUAAUCAACCAUGAUGCACGUUCAUCCUAUGGUGAAGAAGCAGAAAUUACUGGAUCCUAUCAUCAACAAGACCCAUCCAUGAUUGCAAUUCCACAAGAACAAGAGCAACAACAUCGGGAUGAACCAAUCAUGCAUCCACAAGAACACAAUAAUUUAUUAAUCUCAUCAUCAUCACAACAAGUCAAUGAUCCAUUUUCAACCACCACUUCCAAAAAGCCUUAUGGAGUGGUUUCAUUUGCUGAUGAGCCUUUGAUGAGCCAACAUCAUGAUCCUGUAACGGAAAAACAACCUGCAACACCAAGUAACAAUGACAUCACCACCACUACCACGACGACGACAGGAGAAAAUCUAGACUCAUCACCAACGAUCAAACCACAAGAGCGGAAACGAAGAAUUUCAUCACGAUUACCUCUCACUUCCAUGACUAGUUCUUCCACUACUUCUAUGAAUGAAGCGUCUACGAAUGGAUUUGAUGAAGAGGAUGAGAGUGAUGACUCUUCUUCAUGCUGCUCCGAAGAUGAGUCGCAACAAGAUGAGCUUUCCAAUCAAAUUCAAGACAAUUACUUUAAUGCACGAUCGAGACGGGUUUCCUUGUGUGCUGCUGAUAUUUUGAGUGUGAAAAAAUCAGAAGAGCAAGAUGGGAAAACGACACCUCCAACAUCUUCUACGUCAACAGCAAGAAAUAAUUCGAUUCUGAUCGUUAACGAAGCGAUCAAUUCAUAUCCCUCUGUGAAUGAGAUUCGAUCGCCAAGAGAACAUUCUCUUGAUGAAAAUUCACAGACAAAUACUCCCAAAGUAUAUAGCUCAAUAAUUUUUGAAGCGAAACACGACUCGAAACGAAUUCAACAAUUUGAAGAAAUUACCUCUAAUUAUCAUGAAUAUGUGACAAAAAAUCCGAAACAAUUCCGAAAGCUCAUUCGAGAAGGAAUUCCAACAAAAGAGUUAAUGAAAACCAUUUGGAAGCGUAUGGUUGGAUCCGAAGAAUUAUCCAACAAAUAUCCGGGUCUGUACAAAAAGCUGACACAACUUGAUGAAACAAUUCUAGAAGACGACGUUCAUAGAAUUAUGAAAGAUGUGUAUAGAACGUAUCCACAAUAUGAAUUUUUUAGCGAAAAAGACGGGCCAGGUCAAAAAGCAUUGUGUCGUAUUCUAAAAGCGUAUUGCUAUUUUGACAAGCAAACAGGAUACUGUCAAGGAAUGGCUUUUAUAUGUGGCUUUGCUUUAAUGAACCUUGAAGACGAAGAGGACACAUUUUGGUUCUUUGUUCAAAUCAUGAAUAAUGCGAAACACGGCCUGAAAGAUAUAUUUUGUGAUGGCUUACCUCGAUUAAGAAUGGUCAUGUUUAUGGUUUCUGAAUUGGUCAAGCUACGGUUGCCAGAUAUUCACAAGCAUCUCGAAGAAAAUUACAUUUUACCAGAAAUGUAUGCCAGUUCAAUAUUAAUGACACUAUGUACGAAUAGAUUUACAUUUACGGCCUCACAAAGAAUUUGGUCUAUAUUUUUGAAUGAAGGAUGGAAAAUUAUGGUACGAUUAAUUGUUGCACUACUGAAAUUAUCACGUAAGGAAAUAAUGGGAUGCAAUGCUACCGAAGUGACAUCAAAAAUUUAUGAAAAUGCAGAACAAACUGAUGUUGAAACACUUCUCAAAUAUGCCUUCAGUGUACGACUCACCUCACGUCUCAUGACCAACCUCAAGGCAAAAUACGAACUCGUAUCAUUAACUGAACAAGAAAAGCAAGCAUUACGAACUCAACGAGAAAAUUUGAGAAAGAUUCGAAGUAGUAGUCAUAUUGCUGGUGACUCUCGAACACGAUCGUCCUCUCUUCAAUUACCAUCCAUGUCCUCGAUAUUUGCAAAAAUUUCGAACAUGUUUGGACUUCUCGAUAGCAGAGAAGACGACGCCAGUCUUUUCAAAAACAACCUUUAA